GCCGAUUUGUCGUUUUGGCAAUUGCUGAGUGGCACCAUAGUGGUUAGUUAUUUCCGUCACUGUCGAAUCGCUGUCGGAUCGCUGUCGAACUUGAGGGUGCCGACGAGGCGAUAUGACGCCACGUCAUCAUCUGUCGUCUGAUCGGGACACAAUGGCAGGUGGGCAAGUGAGAGGGAGCGAGCGCGAGAGGUCGGCCAUCUUGUCCGCGCUGGCGCUCGCCUCCGCACUUCCUCACCCAUCCUCUUGCUGCGGAAGCGCGGGAAGCGCCCGGAUACGCGCGCGGGAAUCAACCGGGGCUGCCAUCCCGUCAGAUCUGCCGCUCUGUCCGCUGAUCCUCCGUCAUCUGCCGGCUCAGCAGCGUCGGCGCGCAGCGGCCUCUUCCGAGCGCCGAGCGGAGACUCCUGCGGCGCACCUCCGCGCGCUUGUUUGCGAUCGAGUGGCGGAGUUUCAGUCUGCACUGGGGCGCGCGUUAUCGAAUCUUAGGAAGGUACUGCUCUUACCGGCGGCUUUUGGCGCCCAAAACGGCGGCGCGCUGCUUGACAGAAGAUGGCUCAUGAAACUCGGACUACUCAAACCGGACCUCGAAGAUGUCGACAACGACGCCGCCGUUGAUGUCCUUAACAUUCUCAGCUCCAGAGAUUCCUCAUCACAUGCUUACGAUCCGCUUAGAUCACACGGCUUCGCCGCAAUCAUUCCGGGGAAUUCGGCGGCGGAAUUAGUGGUGACAACAGGGAUUUUCAACUUUCUAAAUAUAUAUAACACUCUGCUAAUUGUGCGGCUCGUACUGACCUGGUUUCCUAAUCCUCCUCAAGCCCUCGUCAAUCCUCUCAGCACGGUAUGCGACCCGUACCUAAACCUAUUUCGUGGCAUUAUACCGCCUCUUGGGGGUUCGUUGGACUUUUCGCCGAUCCUUGCGUUUCUCACCCUGAACAUUUUCACUAGCACUGCUGCGGCACUUCCUGCUGAGUUGCCUACUGAAGAAGGCAAGCCUGAUAGCGACAUUUCAAGAGGGAAGCUGACGUGGCGACAGAAGCAGCAGCUCAAGAAGGGAAGCCCCAUCCGAAACUGAGUCGUGACCAGUGGUUUAAGUAAACU